CGGAGCGGGGCCGCCGGGACUGAGCGAGGGAGCGACAGACGCGCCACCCGCCGACGCCGCAGCCGCUUGGGGCCCGCACGGACCCUUUACCUGAGUGAGUGCAUCCAGAGUCGCCAGGAGCCGGUGACUUAGAGGUGUAGAAUGAGCCAAGGAGAUUCAAACCCAGCAGCUAUCCCACAUGCGGCCGAAGAUAUUCAAGGAGAUGACAGAUGGAUGUCUCAGCACAACAGAUUUGUCCUGGACUGUAAAGACAAGGAGCCUGAUGUCCUGUUUGUGGGCGACUCUAUGGUGCAGCUAAUGCAGCAAUAUGAGAUAUGGCGAGAGCUCUUUUCCCCUCUUCAUGCGCUGAACUUCGGGAUCGGAGGCGAUACAACAAGACACGUUUUGUGGAGACUGAAGAAUGGUGAACUGGAGAACAUUAAACCUAAGGUCAUUGUUGUCUGGGUAGGAACAAACAACCAUGAAAAUUCCGCAGAAGAAGUAGCCGGAGGCAUCGAGGCCAUCGUGCAGCUUAUCAACACAAGGCAGCCACAGGCCAAGAUCAUUGUGUUGGGUUUGUUACCUCGAGGUGAGAAGCCCAACCCUUUAAGGCAAAAGAAUGCCAAGGUGAACCAGCUUCUCAAGGCUUCCCUGCCGAAGCUGGCCAACGUCCAGCUCCUGGAUACAGACGGAGGCUUUGUGCACUCGGACGGUGCCAUCUCCUGCCACGACAUGUUCGAUUUUCUGCAUCUCACAGGAGGGGGCUAUGCAAAGAUCUGCAAGCCUCUCCAUGAACUGAUCAUGCAGCUGUUGGAGGAGACUCCCGAGGAGAAGCAAACCACCAUUGCCUGACUGCCCGCACCAGUAUUCAGAGCGGCACAGCAUCCUCAGAUCUGCUCGACUGCUGGCACCACAGAGCCCUUCUCCUUCUGACGACGGCACUUGGCAUUGUAGAGUGUUCCAGGAUGUUCUUUCUCGGGUGUGAAGGGGAGGAGGGAUUUAAACUGAUCCUGUACAUAGAGGGUUUGAAAAAAAUUAGCCAAGGAAGGUUGUUCAAAUUCAUUUUAAGCUGGACUUUUAGUUGUUGGUGUGACGCAGUCAUGAAUUACCACUUUUUCCUAGGACAGCAUCAGCCUACAUCUCAAACCGUAGGAAACGUCUUUUCCUGGCCUCUCUGUGGAUUAUGUUAUGUAUAAUGAUCAGAAUCACACCCACUUGGCUUUAACACAGAUGGAUUCC